ACUAGGGUUUGGGUAAACAAUGGACGAUGCCGCGCGGGAGCUCAUGGAGCUCAAGGCGCUCAUCACCAAAACGCUGGAGAAGCGCGGCGUCCUGGCCAGGAUCCGGGCAGAGCUCCGGGCCAAUGUGUUUGCUGCCAUCGAGGAGCAAGAGCGCGCCGAUGGAGACGCCAAUGCCUUUUCUCUCAUCGGCGGCUGCAAUGAUCGAGCAAAGGACCUACACUCGUCUCAAGCCGGAAAGCUCUUGAGUGGCUUGAUAUGCGAGUAUCUGGAGUGGUGCUCUCUCGAUCGGACACUCAAAAUCUACUUGCCGGAAUCCAACAUCCCCAGAGGAUUUUCCAGAGCUGAGCUCCAAGACAAGCUUGGAUUGAAUGGAACCGACGAGUCGUCUCCUCUUCUACUAAAGAUUCUAGACGAGUACCUAAAGCUCGAGAAACGAGGAGGAAGAGGCCAAGCGCUAAAGCAGCCAUCGUCUAGCACUGGAGAAUGUAUAGAACAAUUAAGGGGACUCAACAUCGGCUCUUAGAAAGCCUCUUACCUUUCUAUGCUUGUACAAUAAAGUGAGACACAGCCACACACAGCAGCAGCGUACUUAUACUUUUCAUUCGCUAGCUUGAAUGUUUGUUUGUGAUUCAAUGGAAGGAAAUUACAGCUCUCCAUGGCAGUGGGAGGAACGAGACAACGCUGUGCUUGCCUGCCGCUACACAGAGAUUAGAUCGGAAAGAGAGAAAUGGUUACCAGCGUCACAAAAUUGGGCUGAGUUGCCCAUUACUGGUGGCAUUAUCGGUGUUCUUCUUUCGUCUAUAGAAUAAAACGUACGCUGCGGGACUCUUGAGAUGA